ACAAACUCACAGAGUGCCCAACCAAACCAGAAGAUUUCAAAACAAACACACAAACAACACAAAACCCCCUCUUCUCUGGACUCGCCUGAGUGUGUACGGACGGCGGAGGAGGAGCGUGGAGAUCGGUAAUCAAUGCGGAGGAGUCCGGUGAGAGAGGUCGUUCAUGGCCUUGCAAAUGACUUGGCAACAACAAUCUAAUAAUUCCAAGCAGCGCAAAAUCAAUCGCCCUCCGUUAGGUUUGAAAAAUCUCGGCAACUCGUGUUAUCUCAACUCCGUUCUUCAGUGCUUGACCUACACUCCUCCGCUCGCUAAUUUUUGCCUCAAAUCUCAACACACCUCUCUCUGUGAUUUAGCUGUUGCGGAGCGGGAUAGGAAGAGUGAUUGUCCGUUUUGUAUACUGGAGAGGAGAAUUGUGCGGUCUCUGUCUAGUGACCUAACCCUAGAUGCUCCGUACAAGCUAAAUAAUUGCUUGAGGUUGUUUGCUGAGCAUUUUCGUCUCGGGCGACAGGAGGAUGCUCAUGAGUUUUUGCGGUAUGUUAUUGAUGCGUGUCAUAACACGUGUUUACGGCUUAAGAAGCUUCAGCAGCACAGGCGCAAGGCGGUUGUGAAUGGGGGGAAGGCGGUGGUGAAUGGAGGUGGUGGCGGGAGUGACGGAAUUGGGGGUAGUUCGGUAGUUAAGGAUAUUUUCGGGGGUGCUUUGCAGAGUCAGGUGAAGUGUUUGUCGUGUGGGAAGGAGUCGAAUAAGGUAGAUGAGAUUAUGGAUAUAAGCCUUGAUGUCAUGCAUUCUGGUUCCCUUAAAGAAGCCUUGCAUAAGUUUUUUCAGGCUGAGGUUUUGGAUGGUAAUAACAAGUACAAAUGUGAUAAUUGUAAGAAACUAGUUGCGGCAAAGAAGCAAAUGUCAAUUUUACAAGCUCCAAAUGUCCUUGUGAUUCAACUUAAGAGGUUUGAGGGCAUAUUUGGGGGGAAAAUUGACAAGGCAAUUGCAUUCGAGGAGGUUUUGGUGCUUUCGAGCUACAUGUGCAAAGCAAGCCAGGAUCCACAUCCAGAGUAUAAUCUUUUUGCAUCCAUUGUUCAUUCUGGCUUCUCCCCGGAUUCUGGACACUACUACGCAUACAUCAAGGAUCCAAUGAAUCGUUGGUAUUGCUGCAAUGAUUCCUUUGUUACUCUUUCAACACUUAAGGAAGUGUUAUCGGAGAAAGUUUAUAUUCUUUUUUUCUCUCGUACAAAACAGAGGCCAGUAACUACCAGCACGGAGUCGACUACCAAUGGUAUAAAGUACAAUGGUAUCAAUGGCAAUGGUACAUCUAAAGUUCUAAAAGCAGGUCCACAUAAAGUAGUGAGUAUGAAACAAGCUGGCGAUCCUUCUUGUGAUGAGGAUAAACUAACUCUAUCCAAGGUCGAUAAUGCACCUUCUAGUCCAAAGAUGCCAAUUAAAAACAAUGGGAAGUCCAAUGUGAAGCAGAUAUCUACACCAGUUAAUAAUGUGAAACUUGUUUUUCAUAAGAAAGAAUCCAGUGAAAAGAAUGGAGAUGUGAAAUCCCUAAAUUUCAAGAAGAAAACCGAGAGUAAUGGCCUACCAUUUAAGGACACGAACGGUAUCUCUAAAAGUUCAGAUAUUGUAAUUGAUGGUGAGAGAAGUCAUUCAGUUUUAUUACCAAAUGGAAAAGAUAGUAUCGUAAGCACUAGCAAUAAUUCCUCUGCAGCGAAAAGUAAUAGUCCUAGUCAACAACUAUUGGGAAAUGGCAGCAUAAGUUCCCUUGAACCUACGCUGGCGUUCACCCAAAAACUUCAAGAAGAAAACUCUUGCACUUUGUCUGCUGAAGAUGCCAUGUCUAAUUUGGGCAUUGAAAACUCAAACUCAAAUGAGAGAACAGCGGAAUCCUGCAAUGAUGGCCAGACUCAUUUAAACCUUGACAAAAUGAGCUUCAAGAGAAAGUUACAGCCAGAAGAUUCAUACAUAUCAUUAGCUGAAGGCAACAAAUCCUAUGCACGACCUGGAGAAACAAAUUUCAAGAGUGAAUUACAGGGUAAUGACAUGUGCAUCUUGUUAGCUGAUGAUGCUGAAUCUCGCAGAAAACUUCAAGAACUGAAAGCAACUCUGGAGAAAGAAGCUUCUCAAGUUUUGCGAUCAUGUGGUUGGUCAGAUGAUGUUCAUGAUUUUAUGCGAUCUAAAAUUUUUUGUGAAGCUGGUAGCGAAUCAGUAAGCAGAAACUAUAAGAAGAGAUCUUUGAUAGAGGAGGCCAGAAAAAAAUUUGCCCCGCGAAUUCCAGAGUCAUUGAAAGGGAACCUUAUUAAACGUUUAAGGUCAUUCAGUGAGGAUAAGCAAUUUUCAUGCCCUUGAAUAACAUGACACGAGUUGCAUGGUUUAGGUGUAAUAUCUGUAGUACUGAAUGAUGAAUCAUCUGUGGUGAUUUAUGCUUUAAGAUGAUUAGGGACAUUUCCGCCUAGAUCUCCUGGCAACUUCUGGUAGGACAAGAUUAUUGCAUAUAGAAAUCCCUUACCGUCGACACGGUAUCUGUACAUGUCAAUGAGAGCAUCAGCCAAAUUUGAGAGGGUUGUAGCUAGUUUUGAAACUUUUGGUCUUGAAAUUUAAUUUUAUGAAUUCAUACAAAUUUUGCAUAUUAAAUGUGGCGGAGUUAUUAACCUGAUGUAAACGAGUUUUCCUUUAUAUAUGAGAUAUAGCUUAAUGUUUCUGUUCA